UGGUACCAUGGCACUCGAGAACUUGCAAGCGUGCGACACAGCAGACGAGCAAUUGUCCGGCGCUCAAGGCAUGGGCAGCAAGAGAGGGAGAGGGAAACCAAGGGAGGGAGAGAGGGAGAGGAGGAGAGAGAUACAAAGAGAGAGCGAGAGAGAGAGAGAGAGAGAGAGAGAGAGAGAGAGAGAGAGAGAGAGAGAGAGGGAGAGAGAGAGAGAGAGAGAGCAAGAGAGAGGAGAGAGAGAGAGAGAGAGAGAGAGAGAGAGAGAGGAGAGAGAGAGAGAGAGAGAGAGAGAGAGAGAGAGAGAGAGAGAGAGAGAGAGAGAGAGAGAGAGAGAGAGAGAGAGAAAGAAGGAAAGAGAGAGAGAGAGAGUGAGAGAGAGAAAGAGAGAGGAGGAGGAGGAGAAGAAGAAAUCAGGGAAUGGAAAUCUGCAAUGGAGAACGAAAGAGAGAAAGAGGGAGAGAGAGAGAGAGAGAGAGAGAGAGAGAGAGAGAGAGAGAGAGAGAGAGAGAGAGAGAGAGAGAGAGAGAGAGAGCAUGAGGAGGAAAGCAUGGAGGAAAAGAGAGGGGACAUCCUCGAUGAGACAAGGCAUAGACACAUGGCCAUGGGAUAUUCGAUCAACAUGAUGCCUCAACACGAUUCCCAUUACAUGAG